AUGUUAGAAACAUUAGCCGAUUGGGGUUAUCUUAUCUUUGGUAUUUAUUCAUUCAUAUUGAUUCUUGUUGGUACACCAUUAAAUCUUCUUUGUUUUUAUAUAUUCAAACGUGUCAUACCGAAUCGUUCCAAUGCAACCAUUAUCGUUUUUUCCUAUGUAGCACUUAUCGAACUCUUGAUUCCGUUUACUUGGAAUUUAAACUAUGCUGUACGCGAACUGAUAUGGAAACGUCAAACGAAUAGUUCAAUUAAGAAUCUCGAAGAAUAUUCGUUAUUUGUUUGUAAGCUUGUCUCUUUCGGCGCAUACUUUCUCCUGCAAUGCGCUGCCUGGUUGAAAACAUUGGCAACAUUUGCACGUUGCGUAUCUCUGCAUCAAGAAUGGUCCAUUAGAAAAUAUAUAUUAAAACCAAAUAUUAUCCAUUAUCUUUGUUGGAUGACUAUUAUUCUCUUCGCUUUUAUUAAUUUUCCAAUAUGGAUUAUUAAUGGAAAACGAGCGAUCGUUCUUGAUAAAAAUAAUUCGACACAGAUCCAAAUCAAGUGUUACCGAUCUCAAUUCUUUCAGUUCUGGGAGAUUGUUCAUUUACUUCUGUAUAAUUUCAUUCCUUUUACACUAAUGAUUUUAUGUAAUAUGGCAAUUAUUCGUCAUGUACACGAAUCGCGCCGUCGUACAAGACGAUCGAAAAUACGCUCGAAAACGCAAAAGAAACAUUCAACAACGACACUUUCAUUUACGCGACGUCAACCGUCGACAAACGGUAGCCGAUUGACAAAAACUUUAGUUUUCAUCACGAUCUUCUUCAUUAUAUUUACAUCACCAUCCGCGAUAUUUUAUAUCUCUUUGGGAAAGAUUAUUAAACGUCAUCGACAUUUGAUUACAAUGGGAUUGAGUAGUUUGGCAACAACAAGCCAUGUUGUUUCAUUCGUGAUCUAUUGGUUAACAUCAACAGAUUUUCAAAAUGCUGUAGUUAAUUUUAUUCACUGUCGACCAGUGUUUUCUCAACGUUUAUCGGCUGAUGAGAAACCGAACGAAAAACGACAACUGACUAUCUCGCCAUCGGCGUCCCUACCGGCAUCGAAUUCGGAUCUAUGUCGGAGCGCGAGAAUGCUUCAAUCACCGACAUUCUAG